CGAAGGGGGGGCGUGGGGUCAAAGUGCGGAGGUCGCAGGUCACGCGUGGAAAGGCGGGAGUCAGGCUCCGGACUGACCGACCGGUCCCUGUCUCGAGGAUGAAGCGAACCAAUCCUUUCGGGGACGCGGCGCCGCUGCAGAGGAAGGUCCGGGUGACCCAGAAGGAGAUAAACGAGGGAGUCUUCGGAGAGAAGUACAAACGCGAAGUGUACGAAAAAACCAAGAAAUUGCUAUUUAACGGCGCACAAGCUUUCAUGGGGGACAUGUGGAACGGUAACUCAGAAGAGAAUUGCACAGUGGUCCACCUGCGCAGUCCCAGUGAAGCUCCUUCCCCACAAAGUGGACCAGGGGACGUUUGCAAUGGGUAUGAAAGAUGCGAUUUACUCCGUGGACAAACAUUUCUUGGAAGUGAUGGCCGACUAAUGAAGGCUUCAUUGCCUUUACCAAGAUUAGCACCCAACAAGCAGACAGCAACAAAUUGUUUCUCCUGUCUGAAGUUUUCCAAUAUCACGCAACAGUGCUCGCAGUGUGAUCGUUUAAUGUGCCAACACUGCAGUAAAGUUUGUGACAGCUGUAUGAGAAUGUGCUGUUCAGUAUGUUCAGUUGCUGAUUAUAAUGAAAGCUACGAUAAGGUGAUCUGCUAUGACUGUGUCUCAUACAGGGGAUAAUAAAGACACUAAAGUCGUUUCUGGACUGACACUAUUUGUAUAGGAUUUUUAUGCUUUCAGUGCAAGUAUUCAACAAACAUGUUUUUCAAUGUGUGCAAAUGGAAGCAAGCUAUCUUGUAAUAUAGUAUUUGUAAUUGUCAUUUUUGUAUUUGUAUAAUUCUGAAAUAAAAUUUGCUUUUAUAA